GAAUCCACUCACUUCUGUCAAAUCAAGUCAGACCAGUCAUUCUCCCUUUGGCGUCUGGAGAGAUUAUCUCUCUCCUCUUUUUUCUUUCUCUCUUUCCUUCUUCCUUCCUCACACUCCUUCCUCCCUUCCUCCUCAUCUGAUUCCUGAAUCAGCCAUCUCUCCCCUCUUCUCAUCCCUCAUCGAUCCUAAUCGACUCCUCUACUCCUCAUCGGAUCCCAUCCCUUUUCUCUCUCUCAUACACAGCACACUACACGCCACACGUUACACACUACCAUGUUUGUCCAAAGAACCAUGCGCCAGGCCCUCAAGGCCCACACGACCGCCGCGUCUGCAUCCCGCUUCAGCGCCAAGGUCCUCUCCUCCCGCUUCUACAGCACCCAAUUGGCUCCUCUGGAUGCUUCAAAGCUCCAGUCGAAUCCCUCGAAGAACCAGAAGUCCCUUCAGGAGAAUUCGCAACUGGUCUUUGGCAAGACCUUCUCCGAUAACAUGUUGACGGUCGAGUGGGAGGCUGGCAAGGGCUGGGGUGUCCCUCAGAUCAAGGAAUACGGCAAGCUCCAAUUGGAUCCCUCGGCUGUGGUCUUCCAUUAUGCCUUUGAGUGCUUCGAGGGUAUGAAGGCCUACAAGGAUAAGGAUGGAAAAACCCGUUUGUUCCGUCCGGAUAUGAACAUGAAGCGCUUCAACAAGAGUGCUCAGCGCAUUGCUCUUCCCUCAUUCGACGGCGACGAGCUCACAAAGUUGAUUGGCGACUUCCUCAAGGUGGACGAUCGCUGGAUUCCCAAGGGCCGCGGCUACUCUCUGUACCUCCGUCCAACCAUGAUCGGUACACAAGAGUCUCUGGGUGUUGGCGCCUCCAACAAGGCCAUGAUCUUCGUCAUUGCCUCGCCCGUCGGCCCCUACUUCCCCUCGGGAUUCAAUGCCGUCAACCUGUUGGCGACCUCGGACAAGGUUCGCGCCUGGCCCGGCGGAACGGGUGACGCCAAGGUCGGAGGCAACUAUGCCCCUUGCAUCAAGCCUCAGCUGGAUGCCAACAAGGAAGGGUACCAGCAGAACCUGUGGUUGUUUGGACCCGAUCACCAGGUCACCGAGGUCGGCACCAUGAACUGCUUUGUCUUCUGGAAGAACGAGCAGGGUGAAAGGGAGCUGGUCACCCCUGAGUUGGAUGGAUCGAUCUUGCCCGGUGUCACCCGUGACAGUAUCUUGUCCCUUGCUCGUCAGUGGGGAGAAUUCAAGGUCUCGGAGCGCAAGUUCACAAUGAAGGAUCUGGUCAGGGCCGAUAAGGAGGGUCGUAUCAUCGAGAUGUUCGGCGCUGGAACUGCCUGCAUUGUGUGCCCUAUCAAGAGGAUCCAUUAUGAUGGACACGACAUUCAUGUGCCCCUGGAUGCCUCAGACAAGACCAGCCAGGCCGGAAAGUUGACCAAGCGCAUCAACGAUGCCAUUAUGGAUAUCCAGUAUGGCGAUGUUGAGGGUCCCAAGGGCUGGUCCGUCGUCAUCUAAACAUUCUAAAUAUUACUAUUUUUUGGAAUAAACUUGAGAAGUUUUUAUUUUUUUA